AUGGAGGACUUUCAUCAGAUCGCAGCUGGAAUGUAUUCCGGCCGAGUUGGGAAUACCAAGGUGCAAGUGGCUGAGUCCGUGAAUGCACUGGGUUGUGAGGAGGUGACAUGGUUCAUAGACAUCAAAUUGGCAAGUUUGCACGACAUCUUGCGUGUAGUGCUGCACGAUAUCAAGGCCAUUAGCCUGAUGGAGGACAAGCAAUCGCAAAACCACCUUUUCCAUUUCCUUCCUGAGCUUGAAAGAUGUGCGGAGAACAUGAACAACAGCUCGGACUAUGAAUCGACACAUGCACAGCAUCUUCGCCUGCUCAUCGAUCCCCUCAAGCAUACAUAUACUUCUAUCUCACAGCGUCGCGACUCAAUGUUGCAGCACAGUCAUAUUACUUAUGACCUUCUCUGGGCGCUUUUCAAACCGGGUUCCCAUGUUUUCACAACAUGCAUUGGCACAAAAGAGCCGCGAUGUUCGUGGUGGAAUCUCGGGUGCCGAUUCAUUGAUAAUAACGGAGUUAAUUUCGGCGAUGCCGGAAUAUUUCUGGGUGUGACAAAGUUCCGGGGGUCAAGGCCGAUCGAGAUCAUUGAGGCCUUCCCUCUCCGCUACCAUCCAAGGCACGAGGAAUUCCGGAAAGACUUGAUCGAAAGAGGCCAAAAGUUUUGGGAUUUGGCCAGCUCGCACAUUUGGCAUUGCAAAGGCAGCGCGUUCUCUAUGAACAAGGGGGAUGCUAUCAAAGUCAAGGUCAACAGUCGAGUGGCAGCGGAUGCGGCAUUUUUCCUUGAAAUUCAGCCAAACUACCCCCGACUAUCACUCCGCGACCUAGGGGUCAAGGAAAAGGAUGUAAUUGCAGUUAUCGACAUAGGUGCGAUGCUGAUGGAGGACGGCGAGCGAGAGAAGGAAAAAAUUGCAAGGAGACGGCGUGGACGCACAAAAACUGAGCAAGACCGAUUUCUUGGUCGGCGGCCCAACAUGCGCAGUUACGUUAGUACUCUUCGGGACGUGGAUUGGUCACCCGAAUCAUUCGACUCCCUGCAGAUCCCUUCAGAGACCAAGACAAUGCCCCUAUCAUUGGCGAAUAGUCGCCUGGGUCUAAUACCGACUGUAUCGUUCGACAACAGUGUCUGUAUGAUCCUGAGCUGGUCUGGAACGCAGCUUCACCAUGCCAUCAGUGAUGGGAAUUCCAGCUUCUUUCACCAAGAGCGCGACAAAGCCCUUGGCAUGCUCCGGUCGCGCGGAAUUAUCCACAGCGACAGUGGAUGGCGUAAUAUGCUGUGGGAUAACCUAAGUGAUCGUUUGGUUGUCCUUGACUUGGAGGAUGUGAAAUGGUUGAAGCACCCCUCGGGCCCUUGA